AUGCAUCUGGCGGUGCUCUUACUCGCCUCGGCGCUCCCUCUGACCACCUUGGCCCUCGACAACGGACUGAUGCUGACCCCUCCUAUGGGCUGGUUGGCUUGGGAGCGAUACCGCUGUGAUAUUGACUGCGACAAUGACCCCAAGAACUGCAUCAGUGAGAAUCUGUUCAUCGACAUGGCAGACAGACUCUUCGAGGACGGCUGGAAGGAGCUUGGCUACGUCUAUGUGAACAUAGAUGACUGCUGGGCAUCCAUGGAGAGAGACAAGCAGGGUCGGCUGCAGGCGGACCCAAAGAGAUUCCCAGGAGGCAUCAAAAGACUGGCACGCUACAUGCAUGACAGAGGACUCAAGCUGGGGAUCUACGCGGACAUGGGCACGCACACCUGUGGGGGCUACCCCGGCACCCCACUGGACAAGAUCGAGAUCGAUGCUCAGACCUUCGCAGACUGGGAAGUGGAUAUGUUAAAAUUUGAUGGCUGUUACUCUGAUGUCAUGCAGCAGGAGCAGGGUUACCCUCUUAUGUCAAAGGCUUUAAAUGCCACCGGCCGCCCCAUUGCCUACUCCUGCAGCUGGCCCGCCUACCAGGGAGGCCUGCCACCGAAGGUGAAUUACACUCAGCUGGGUGAGAUUUGUAACCUGUGGCGUAACUAUGGCGACAUCCAGGAUUCUUGGGACAGCAUCCUGAACAUUGUUGACUGGUUCUUCGAGAACCAGGAUGUCCUGUCACCUGCAGCGGGUCCUGGAAGGUGGAACGACCCUGACAUGCUGGUUAUUGGAGACUUUGGCCUCAGCAUUGAUCAGUCCCGCGCUCAAAUGGCUCUGUGGGCGAUUAUGGCCGCUCCUAUUUUCAUGUCCAAUGACCUACGCACCAUCAGCAGUGAGGCCCGCGUUAUCCUACAGAACAGAAUGGCCAUCGGCAUCAGCCAGGACCUCUUGGGCAUUCAGGGAAGACAAAUUGUGAAGGAGAAAAGUGGCAUUCAGGUGUUUUGGCGCCCCCUGUCAAAAAAUGCCAGUGCCUUGGUGUUCUUCAGUCGUCGGACUGACAUGCCAUAUCGCUAUAAAACGUCCCUCAGCAAACUCAGCUACACGAGCGGCAGCUACAAGAUCAUUGAUGUGUUCACUGACAAGUCUGUGAUGCUGAAAGACUCCACUGACUUUGUGGUGUCAGUGAACCCCACCGGUGUGGUUAUGUGGUAUGUCUCGGCACCUGCCAAACUGAAUCUCCAAUUCUUCAGAGGUGGAAAACUCCAGAGAUCCGCCCAUCAUGAAAAUGCUAUUCCUAAUGUCUUCCUCUGACCGCUCUGAAAUUCAUCAGUGAACAAUCACUUCACAGCUUCUUAUUGAUACUUACUUAUUUUAAACCUUCUAUGUGAACCACAACUAGAUUAGUAGAUCAUAAAGGCAAUAUCUAUCUUAUUAUUUCCUAAUCCAUCUUUUCAAAUUCUGCACUUGAGUUACAUUGUUGAUCAAGUAAAAGGGUUCAAAACAUUUCCCACUUCAAAGGUGGUGUUAAAGGACACAUGCAGAGUGUUCCUGAGCCUCAGAGCAUAGGAGCUUAUAGUUUCAAAUAAAGGAAGGAUGAUGAAGGUCAGGCUGGUUUUUCAGAAGAAUGUUUGCAUAAAAUGUUUUCUUUGGCUUUUUUUGUGCUUUUUUUAAAGAAACAUAAUUUUUGCUCUGUCAAGCUCCACAUGAUGCACUGCUCAGGUUAAUUGUCAUAACUGUGUUUUUGAACAAUUAAAAUAAUUUUAUUAAGAAA